GGGAGAGAAGAGGGCCCUUAGAUGGGGGAGUUCUGGGGUGCACAGGAUCCAGCCCAUGGGACACACCGUUCCCCAUAUUCACCACGUUUAUAUGGUGGUUAUAUUUUGUAUAAAGCCUUGUGAGGUGGGCUUUGAAAAGUCAUAAUCCGCUGAACAUCGCUGUCCUGUUACAGCGUGUGUAUCGACAUUGUAUAGGGAGUUAUGAGAUUUGGCUGUACGAUUGUUACUGAUGUGUUAUCGUUCUGGGCACCACUCACAAGCCACUUUCCCAGGGACGAAGACACACGGGCUUGCCAGCAACGUGUUAGAGCCAUGACCUGUCGAACCGGACAUUCAACAGAAGGGGAGACGGGCUGGAGAAAGGCAAUUACGUUUGCAGAGUACGUACGUCAUGGAACCGCAUGAGCCAGCAAGGACUUUUCCAGUGAAAAGGGUUCGGAUAUAAGAGAGGCUCCCUCUCCUCCCCCAUCUCUACCCACGGGAUCAAAAACCCAUCAGGGAACUGGGAGGACUGGUCCGAACUGGCCGCUUUCCACUUAGCAGGGACAGCUGCAAGUUAUGGGCUGCCUGUUGCUCGGAUCCGGGGGCCCCCCUGCAGCAUGGCGCAGCCACGCGGGGUCAACAGCCUGCGCUUCAACCAGGACCAGAGCUGCUUCUGCUGCGCGAUGGAGUCCGGGGUGCGAAUCUACAAUGUGGAGCCGCUCAUGGAGAAAGGGCACCUGGAUCACGAGCAGGUCGGCAGCGUGGCCCUGGUCGAGAUGCUGCAUCGAUCCAACCUCUUGGCCAUUGUAGGGGGAGGAGGGAACCCCAAAUUCUCAGAGAUCUCAGUGCUGAUCUGGGACGACGCCCGCGAGGGGAAGGGAGGCAAAGACAAGCUGGUUCUGGAAUUCACCUUCACCAAACCUGCCCUGGCCGUGCGCCUGAGACACGACAAGAUCAUCAUUGUGCUGAGGAACCGGAUUUACGUUUAUUCCUUCCCGGAGAAUCCCACCAAGCUCUUCGAGUUCGACACGCGGGACAACCCCAAAGGGCUCUGCGAUCUCUGUCCCAGUCUGGAGAAGCAGCUGCUGGUGUUCCCCGGGCACAAGUGUGGCAGCCUGCAGCUGGUGGACCUGUCGAGCACCCAGCCGGGCACCUCGUCGGCACCGUUCACCAUCAACGCCCACCAGGGCGAGAUCGCCUGCGUCUCCCUCAACCAGCCGGGCACCGUGGUGGCGUCGGCCUCCCGCCAGGGCACCCUCAUCCGCCUCUUCGACACCCAGAGCAAGGAGAAGCUGGUGGAGCUGCGCCGGGGCACGGACCCCGCCACCCUGUACUGCAUCAACUUCAGCCACGACUCGUCUUUUCUCUGCGCGUCGAGCGACAAGGGGACAGUUCACGUCUUCGCCCUGAAGGACACGCGCCUCAACCGCCGCUCCGCGCUGGCGCGCGUGGGCAAGGUGGGCCCGGUGAUCGGCCAGUACGUGGACUCGCAGUGGAGCCUGGCCAGCUUCACGGUGCCAGCGGAGUCGGCCUGCGUCUGUGCCUUCGGCCGCAGCUCCGCCAAGACCGUCAACUCCGUCAUUGCGAUCUGCGUGGACGGCACCUUCCACAAAUACGUCUUCACGCCUGAUGGCAACUGCAACCGCGAGGCCUUUGACGUCUACCUGGACAUCUGCGACGACGACGACUUCUGAGCCCCCUCCCACCGGAGCCCCCACCCGAGGCUGGAAUCGCGGGGGGGUCAUGGACUUCUAGCCGUGGGAACAUUAAACUCCAGCUAUGAGAUCCACCACCCCUCCCACUCUCGCCUGGCAUCGAGAUGCAGCCACCUCUAGGGUGGAGCAACAGCUGCACAUAACAUUGCACUGGAAGGGCUCACCCAGUGCUGAGCUGCAGCUCAGUUUGAAUCAGCUGGGGCGUGACGGGAAUUGUAUCCAGACUCCCUGGUUUCACACUCAGCUGCCUGGAGGGGAAAUAGCCUGGCUUUUACUCUCUGCUGCUGUUCCCUUCACCUACAGACACACCCCAGCCUCAGUCGCAUUGUAAUACGCUGUUACCCCCCCCCCCAUUCACCCGCUUGUGUAUGGUUAUAUUUUGUACAAAGUAUGCCUUGUGAGGUAUCAUUUGAAAAGCCAUAAUCUGCUGAA